GUCUGUUCUUAGAACCAGCAGCAGGUCCUAGAUACUUCUUGGGCGGCGGAGAGGAGAACUGGCUGGCGACGGCGUCGUCCGAGAGGAGCGCGACGCCACCGGACUGGAGGCAUGGAGUUCCUGAUGCAGCCGAUUAGCAGGUUCCGAAUCCUUGAGGGCAUGGACGGCACGGAUCGGCCGCCGGAGCCAGGGGAGUACGCCGUGCCGGCGAUUGAAUCUGGCGCCCCUUCCACGCCCACGAUGGAGGUUGAGGCGGCGGGUGGGGAUACGCAGGCGCAGCUCGUCGUGGCGGCGCUUGGCCCCCCGGCUGCAUCACAGCAGGCGACCGGGAAGGUGAAUCCAGAGGCCCCGGAGUGGAAGAAGAGGGUCCGGGUUGGAUCAGCGGCUCCAGGGCGGACUCCGUGCCCGACACGGGCAUCUGCAUUGGAGAAUGCAAUCAGGAGUUUCGCCGACAAUCCAGGAGAUGAGGUGACAGUACCUAAACUGGGUACUAGCUUCAAUUCUCUGAAGAGGCCUAUGACUUUUACAAUGUGUUCUCAUGGGAGAAGGGAUUUGGUAUAAGAUACGGGAAGAGCCGAUUGAAUGUCGAGAGGACAAAGUGCAUGCAGGAAAUUGUUUGUGGUUAUGCGGUAAUUAAGUGCUAAUGUCUUGUAGCUGUAUUUCCUGGAAGAUCGAUGUGGGGGGCUAUACUGA